UGUGUGUGUGUGUGUGUGUGUGUGUAUGUGUGAAUACGCUGACAUGAGCAGCCGAUGACGUCUGUUGGAGGAUUGCUUCACUUCAUGGCUUGAAAAAAAAAGAAAAGAAGAAAAAGUCACAACACUGUCAAAGCAGGACUGCGUGAGAAGGAAGUUGCAUGAGAGUCUGCCUUGGACAAAAACAGAAAAAAAAGACAGAGAAGAGAAGAGAGAGAAGGGGAAGUCUGACCAACGAGCUCGGCCUCUUCCUGACUGACGAUCAGCUCAGGAAGUCGAGGCAGAAACGGAGGGGAGGGCUGACAGAGAAGCAUAAUUUCCCUUCGCCUUUUUUCCCUUAUUCAGCCCUGCUCCGAUUCAACAGCAGGAAGAAAAAGGGGGUGGUGGGGCAAAGGGAAGGCGGAGUUCUUGAUGGAGCAGAGAGAGAGACAGAGUGACAGCGGAGAGCAGCCGAACAAUCAUUCUGUGGAGAUAUGAUGGAAGACAGCGUCACUUGCAAGGACACAAGCCAUGCCAGCCCUCUGACAGGACCCCUUGACACUCCAUCCAUCCCCUCUCCGGCUUCUGUCCCGCCAUCUUCUCCCCUCUCUCCACCCUCCCUGCCCUCCUCCAACCCUCCGGUCCGGCCAUGUCGACCCAAACCGCCCCCUCCUGCGGUGAAGCCCUCCCAGCUCCCGUCGUGUGCUCCUCUACCUGCGUCCACUCCUCCGACCCUUCCUGCCGCUCAACCCCCCGUCUCCAAACCCCCUUCUCCUUCCAUCUCCAAACCUCCUUCCCCCCUCUCCUCCGUUCCUCCCCCUCUCCCCCACAACCCUCCUCCCCUGUCUCUUCCUACCCCUCUCUCCCCAACUCCACUAUCUCCUGCUCCCCUGCUUUCUCUGCAGACACCUGUCUCCUCUGAUGAUACUCCCUCCUUAACUCCUCUUCCCGGUCCAUUGUUGCCAACAAACCCAUCCCCAUCCUCCUCCCCCUCAUCUCCUCCUGCUCCUCCUCCUCCUCCUACCCCUGUUAUCCCACGAUCACCUCCAACUCCUCCAUUGCUGAGUCCUAUAGAUCGGCUGGUUGCUAGUGUCUCCGUAUGGCAGCCAAAAGGACUCAGCCAAGACCAAACCACGAGUAUAAUGGAGAACGAGAUGGCUGGGGCGUUCCUGGUCCGCGGCACAGACGACAAGGGCAGGACGCUGACAGUACGCCUGCCUGAUGAGCCGGGGGCGCCGCCCGUACACGACCUGAUGGUCAAACAGCACAAGGCUUUUCUCCACUUAGAUGGUUCCUCCUUGAUGUUUGAUGACCUCUUCAAACUGAUUUUGUUCUACUGUGCCAGCAGAGACAUUCUGGCCAUCCCACUGAGAUUACCCAGCGCUAUUACCACGGCAACUAAGAGAGAGGAGCUGGAGGUCAUCUCUGCUAAGGGUGCAGAUUUCUGGAUGUCCGAUCUGAACCAGCCGCCAAAGGACCCAGACCUGUCUUUGGAUCAGAACGACAACAGACUGUAUUUGUAUGUCAACCCAGUCCCUGUGGAGGGGAGUGCCAACAAAGACCUAAACCACUCCACUAUCUCCAAACUUGCUAUAGUCGCGGCUCAAGACCUUACCUCCUCCCUGCAGAAUGGAGAAGUCCCACAGAAGAUCAGCACAGAAGUCAAUGGUCAGGUCAAAACCACGCCCGCACAGGACAUUAAAUACAAGCGCCCUCCACCACGACCCCCCAGCCUGGGCUUAGGGUCUGGGAUGGGCCUCCUCUUCUCCUCUCCGCCCUCCCUUCACAAUUCACCUCCAGCAGCUGAGAGAAAUGAGGACGGAAGGGGUGGAGCGGGUGAGAGAGAAAAGAGGAAGGCAAUGUCCACAUCCCUCACUCCUGUCCCCCUGCAGAGCCGAGCCGCUCCCCGGCUACCUCCUGCUCCUCUCUGUCGCACCUCAUCCAGGAGAAGCACUGACCGAGAGGUGGGAGAGGGUACGAAGAGAGAGAAGGGACAACAUCCUGCAAAGAUAACUGAAAGAGAGGUGGGAGGAGAGGGAGGGGAGGGAAGUAAAUCAGGUCAGCUGGAUAAGGGGGUUGAACAACAGAACUGUAGCCAGCGUCAAGAGAGUGAGGUAAUAAAGGACAGAGGAAAAAUAGAGAGAGAGGAUAAGAAAGAGGAAAAGGAGGUGAACAUGGAUAAAGAGGAGCUCAAACUAAAAUCCAGCUGUGUGCCAUUAGUGAAGAAACCAUCCCGUCCAGUCCCUCCGCCAAGGAGGAAAACGUGUUCCCCGGACGCACCUGUGUGCCCCAAUCAGGCAGGAGGAGGAUCAGCCAAUCAGACUACUGGGAUGAGAGUGCCCCCUCCUUCACCGGCGAGGCGUCCAGAUGUGUCUUUGUACUCGCCACAGGGGGGCACUGUGCUGGUGAACGAUCCUGACUCCUGCUCGACCAGCAGCACAGAAGAAGACGGAGAGCCACACCAGGAACAGGAGCCAAACCACAAUCGCCCUUUAGAGAGCCGCAGUCCCAAGGCAGCAGUGAGGAGAACCCCCACUAUUAUGUUGGACCGAGCCCGCUACCGCCUGUCCACCGUCCUCACCGGCCUCAUCAGCCACGACCGCCGCCUCACACAGCGCCUCGUGGAGCUGGCCAGGGACCCUCUGAGCUACUUUGGUAACUUGGUAAAAGAGCACCGCGCAUUCACCUUGGAGACCAUGUCGAAGCACUCCUCUUCAAUGGAGCUGUUGCAGGAGAUCAGACAGAUGAUGACUCAGCUGAAGAGUUACCUUCUGCAGAGCAUGGAGCUGCAAGCUAUGAUGGAGCCACAGCAUCAGUAUACACAAGACAAACUGGAGAGCAUCGUAGAAGCUGCUCUGUGUAAGAGCGUACUGAAGCCACUGAGGGAGCCAAUUUACCAGAGUCUGGAGAAACUGCACACCAACGACGGCAGCCUGAAACAGCUGGCCCAGAACCAGUCCGGAGUCCUGGGCAGCACCACCACGGCGUUGGGGGUAACCACUGCCGUCCCCGAGGCCUCUGCCAUGGAGAAGAUCAGCAUCAAACUGAACAACCUCCAUCUGGAGUAUUCCCCCCAGAAAAAGAUUGAGCUCCUGCUAAAGGCCUGCAAGCUCAUCUACGACUCCAUGUCCGUCAGCAGUCCAGGGCGGGCCCAUGGCGCUGAUGACUUCCUGCCUGUAAUGAUGUAUGUCCUGGCCAGAUCCAAUCUGUCUGCUCUGCAGUUGGACGUUGAAUACAUGAUGGAGUUGAUGGACCCGUCGUUGUCACUAGGAGAAGGUUCCUAUUAUCUGACCACCACCUACGGCGCUCUGGAGCACAUCAAGACUUUUGACCAGCAGAGGUCAGCAACACGGCAGCUCAGCAGAGAGGUUCAGGACUCCAUCCACCGAUGGGAGAGACGACGCACGCUCAACCAGGAACGCAUGUCGCAAGGAUCUGUGCGGGACUUUCUGACCGUAUGUUGUCCAGAGAUUGGAGCCAGUCCAAGAACUCUGGGUGUCCUCCCCACCACCACGAUGCAGCAGCUAGCUGAGCAGUGUGCUUCACGUUUCGAGAAAGACUCCUACAUGCUCAGUGUGUACAUGGAUGGUGUUCACCAGCCCCUGGCUCCCACAGAACUGGCCCUCAGUGUGAAGAAUAGCUCCCAACCCGGAGCCUCCUGCUUUGUCUACCACCCGAUGGACCAACCCAUCCAGCAGCCCGAGCCCGGGCGCAGUUGCCCCUCUGAGCCGCCUCCAGCUCCCCCUGCGGAAGACUUGCCCACAGCUGACUUUGCAGCUGUGGACCCUGUGGAGCCAGAAGCGGAGCCGGAGGUGGAGGAGAUUCUGAUUAGCUUGUAGCCGCUCCAGAAUCACAGCGGCAGCUGCUGUAUUACUACGAUGCAUCACCUGACAGAGCAGCGGCCGACUGAAAAGACAAAGACAAAAGAGAUCAAUGACUGAUUGUGUAUCUCACCACGGGGUCUGGAACCCCAGGGACUGCAGAUGAAAGGAUUUUAUAGAGUGUAAAAAAGACAUGUUAUUCUAACAUGUGCAUAUAUUAUUAUGUUUUCACUGUAUCUACGCUAUGAUACUCAAAGCUACUCCCUAUGUUCAAGACAUAUUCAAGUCUACAGAGGUGGACUGUGCAUUACUGAUUAUUAGUUUAGAAAUUGGUUCUGUAAUUUCUGUUGUGGGGUGGGGUGACAGCUUUAUGGACUAAAACUUCCAAUUUCAUUCCAAAGUAUUAUUUCAUUUCACGUGUGUCUGUAAACUAAUACGUAUUGAAUUGUAAAUAAACGGGCUUUUCCAAUUUG